ACGUUGAUUUUAGAAAUAGGAAGAGCUGAGACGUCGUAGAGGACGGACGUGGCUGCCGUUUGCUCAAGCAAUUUGUUGCGGAAAGGGCGGAUAGACAACCUGAGGCGAUGCUCCGGCAGGUUCUUUCUAUGCCCCGGAUGCUGGGCGUCCUGGAACGAAGCGUCCGGAACGUGACGGAUCGCACCGGCGGACAACUGGUGCAAGAAACGGCACGGGCAACGUGUUUGCUCUGUGGUGUGCGACCCGAGUGGAGCAAAAGCAGGGCCCUGCACACGACCGUGCCACGUAGCAAGGAAGAUGAUCGCAAGGACAUGAUCAGGUCCAUGCCCAAGAAGGACCAGGGCACCGAGGGCGAGAAAGGCAUCGACAUCGACCUGCACUCGACAAGGUUCAGUGAUUUCUUUCCUGAUGAGAAUACCCCUAGCAGACUGUUCAACGGCAUUCCCUUCUCUCAAGUGCCCAUCUGUGACAUAAAGGUCUCAAAGAACAACACCAUUCUUACCCUGAGUGACCACAAAGGAGUGGCCAAGAUGACGAGAUCUUGUGGAAUGGAAGGGUUCAAGAACACAAGAAAGAGCACCAACAUUGCUGCCCAGGCAACUGGAAUCAGUUUAGGAAUGAGGGCGAUAGACAAAGGGUUCAAAACUGUUCGAGUCAGGGUCAGCGGAAUCGGGCCUGGCAGAAUGUCUGCCAUCAAAGGCUUGAGUAUGGGCGGCAUGGACAUCAUCUCAAUUACGGAUGCAACGAGAGUGUCCUUUCGACCAACAGCCCGUGCCCGAAAACAAAGAAGACUGUAGAAGAGUCAGGUAUUAUGCUUGAUUUGCAUUUUGAUGCCGGCGCCCAAAACGAUCGUCUCGAUUACUACGCUUAAACAAUAACACUAUUGUACGGAGAAAAUAAAUAAGUUGUCCGGCAACUUGUUAUUCAUAA